AGUGAGAAGGUCGGAGGGGCCGAGGGGACCAAGCUGGACGAUGACUUCAAAGAGAUGGAGAAGGUGGAUGUCACCAGCAAGGCGGUGACAGAAGUGCUGGCCAGGACCAUCGAGUACCUGCAGCCCAACCCAGCCUCGCGGGCUAAGCUGACCAUGCUCAACACGGUGUCCAAGAUCCGGGGCCAGGUGAAGAACCCCGGCUACCCACAGUCGGAGGGGCUCCUGGGCGAGUGCAUGAUCCGCCACGGGAAGGAGCUGGGCGGCGAGUCCAACUUUGGCGACGCAUUGCUGGAUGCCGGCGAAUCCAUGAAGCGCCUGGCAGAGGUGAAGGACUCCCUGGACAUAGAGGUCAAGCAGAACUUCAUUGACCCCCUCCAGAACCUGUGUGAGAAAGACCUGAAGGAGAUCCAGCACCACCUGAAGAAGCUGGAGGGCCGCCGCCUGGACUUUGACUACAAGAAGAAGCGGCAGGGCAAGAUCCCUGAUGAGGAGCUACGCCAGGCACUGGAGAAGUUCGAGGAGUCCAAGGAGGUGGCAGAAACCAGCAUGCACAACCUCCUGGAGACCGACAUCGAGCAGGUGAGUCAGCUCUCGGCCCUGGUGGACGCACAGCUGGACUACCACCGGCAGGCCGUGCAGAUCCUGGAUGAGCUGGCCGAGAAGCUCAAGCGCAGGAUGCGGGAAGCUUCGUCACGCCCCAGGCGGGAGUAUAAGCCCAAGCCCCGGGAGCCCUUUGACCUCGGAGAGCCUGAGCAGUCCAACGGGGGCUUCCCCUGCACCACAGCCCCCAAGAUCGCAGCUUCGUCGUCUUUCCGAUCUUCUGACAAGCCUAUCCGAACCCCUAGCCGGAGCAUGCUGCCCCUGGACCAGCCAAGCUGCAAGGCGCUAUACGACUUCGAGCCGGAGAAUGACGGGGAGCUGGGCUUCCGUGAGGGCGACGUCAUCACACUGACCAACCAGAUUGACGAGAACUGGUACGAGGGCAUGCUGGACGGCCAGUCGGGCUUCUUUCCACUCAGCUAUGUGGAGGUGCUUGUGCCCUUGCCGCAGUGACUCGCCGGCGCCCCCGCCCCACCCCUCCGUCCACACUGGCUGGCACCCUUUGCUGGGUCUCCUGCAUUCCACGGAGCCCCUGCUGCCAGGGCAGUGUCUGAGCCUGCUGGCGCCACUUGGGCCCCGGCCCUCGAGGUACUCCCUUAGCAGGGCCCCACACUUGGGUGAGGGGGUUUGUCUGGGUGGGUGGGGAUGCCUGUUUACACUAGCGCUGACCCCCAACCGUGACGGCUCCCUUCCCCACUCCAUGGCGCCGGCCUCCUCCCCGCUUCCCAACUCCUCGCCCAGCUGGCCCAGGCGGGGCAACACUAAGGUGCUCUCAGAAACACUAAUGUUCCUCCAGGGCAGCCCCCACCUCCAUCCUGACCCCACGGGGGCCCGGCCCACUGCCUACCCUCGAGUCCCACAGCCUUAACAGGAUGGGAUCGAGCAUCCCCGUGGGGUGGCUCAGAGACAGGACCCUGGUUUUAAAUCCCCUCCCAGCCUGGUGCUGGCGAUGGGCCCUGGCCCACUGCACUUCCGCCUCAUACAUGCACUCCUUCUCCCCAAGGCCAGGGCAGAGGGCCUCACCGCCUCCCCGGCCUGCUGUCAGCUUACAGCCUGGGGACAGAGGCCAGCUGGGAUCUGCCAGAGGACAGAGAACAUGGUCUCCUGCAGGGCCCUGCCUCCCAAGCCCCACCCUUACAAAGCCAAGUACCUUUUCAGCUUUUUAACUGCCCCCAGCCAGGCCCAUGGAGGCCUGUGUCACUCUGGCACGAGCUGCCAUCACCAGCCACCCACACACCCCCCCGGCACACCUCGCACGGGACCACAGCCCCAGCCGCAGCUGCGCUACCAAGGGCCAAGCACAAAGGCUCCAGUGAGCGAGUUCCAGUCCCUGGUGGCCAGGCCUCCCCUUGCCAAGCCACUGCCACCCCAUCCUGUGGGAAGUGGCCCCGGCCAUCUCCUCUAGACCAACACAGGCACCCCAACAUCUGCUUCCUGUUGCCCAAUCCAAAAUCGAUGAAAUGGGGGCUCCUCUGAGCUGGGCCACAUUCACAUUCCCCUCCCC